AUGCCACUUGUCAAAGUAGGCAAUGAUGCCCUCCGGAUCGAUUUGGCUGCGCCCGAGGGCUGGACAUUUGCCCCGGGUGACACGGUCAUCGGCGACGUGGUUCGCCGCUCUCCCAUUGACACUGCGAAUGCGGACCUGAAAGUAUUUUUGAGAGGUCGUAUACAGACUAGCAAAUCCGGUGCGGGCACUAGCGGUUCAUUGCCCACCGAUCCUGCCGGUGCGGGCACUCAGUCCGUCGCCUCGGAGCAGAUCCUACUUGCAAAGCAUUAUCCCAUCUUUCAAGGUCCUCUACAGAUUUCAGAGGGUGAAAACCCCGUUUCUUGGUCUUUUACAACAGAAAUUACUCCUGAUCCGCCAAGAAGGAUAUUUGGAAAAUAUGAUGUCUCGUAUGAUUACCUACCAGGAACGAUCAACACAAUUAGUCGGAGUGGCCUGGCCACGUCGACUGCGUGGAUCGAUUACUUUCUCGAGGCCGAAUUGCGAUACUUGCAGAAAGGUGAUUCUGGUCGCGAUAUCGAAAGAAAACACACUGCUAUUUAUCCGAUCACCCUAAGACAUCAACCUUUGCAGGAAUUUGAUGAAUUCGGGAUCACACAACAAACAUUCCAGCGGAAAGUCAGGAGCCAUCGUCUAUUGCCGGAUGUUGGUCAUUCGAACUUAUCUAUGAAGCAAAGGGCACAGCAGCGCUUCGGUUCGUCCAAAGUACCCGAGCUUUUCUUCCAAAUGGAAAUUUACACUCCGAGUACGAUUCAGCUCGACAACCCCGCGUUUCUACCCCUCAACCUCAUAAUAGUCCAAGGGACUGAGACGAGCAAGGAGAUUAAGAAUGUUCACAGAACAGCUUGGAUCACCUCAAUGUCACUUUCUAUCGAAACCUGUACCUUUGUCAAGUACCACGGAGCCUCCCUGGAAGCAGGCUAUAAUCAACCUUCUAACUCGGCUCGUUCAAUCCCUGCUAAGUCUGUCGGAGGACACUCCAGCAUUCAGGACUUGCACUUAAAGGAUGCUGUCCGCAGAAUGGAUGAUUUCCCCUGGGAGAUUGCCAUGGGGGAGGGAACGGUCGAUAUUGGGAGUGUCCUUCAGAUGGUUCUCCAUACAGACGGGUUGAGUAUUGCGGGAAGACGACUUGAGAAAGUGCAGCCAAUCACCCCCAGUUUUGAUGUAUACAAUCUUCGAAUUAUAAACUGGCUCAAGAUGGAUGUGUCUGUCACGGUGGCGGACGAGACUUGUAUAUUAAGUACAAGGACACCCGUGACGAUAUUAGCCGCAGAAUAG